AUGGCGACUGAAAAAUCCAUUGAGCAAGACUUUUCCCCUGACGGCCGCCGGCUAUCGGUCCAUGAGGCGGCCUUGGAUGCCACUCCUAAGAGUCGGUGGGAGAGAACCUGGCCCGUCUUCGCUUGUGGUGCUGGAUUGUUUUCGGAUGGCUAUCUUAACGGCGUGAUCGGGAGUGUAAAUACACUCCUCAAAAUACUCUACAAGGACGAAUACGUCAAGUCGGAUGCCCAGAACAAUGUCUCUUCAAUUGCCUUUGCCGGGACAGUUGUCGGCCAGCUUGUCUUCGGGUAUUUGUCUGACCAUUGGUCUCGGAGACACUCCCUUCUCAUCUCGACCAUCAUCUUGAUUAUCUUCUCGGCGCUCGGUGCUUCAUCCUAUGGUGCCGGUGGAAGCAUUCAAGGCUUGUUUGCUGCUCUGACCGCUUUCAGAUUUCUCCUUGGUAUUGGAAUUGGUGGUGAAUAUCCCGCAGGUAGCGUGGCUUGUGCUGAGAGCACUGGUGAGCUGAAGCGCGGGCAUCGUAACCGCUGGUUCAUUGCAUUCACGAAUCUCUCAAUUGACCUCGGAUUCGUGGUUGCCGCCCUGGUUCCAAUGAUCUUGGUCCUGAUCUGCUCUGAAAACCAUUUGCGACUGGUUUGGCGGCUGUGCCUAGGAUUUGGCAUCAUACCUCCUCUGUCUCUCUUAUAUCUUCGAAUCAAGCUCCAGGAACCCGAAGAGUAUCAUAGGAACAAGAUGAACCACUAUCCCUACUGGUUGAUCCUCAAGUUCUACUGGUUCAGAUUGAUUGUGGUCGCUUUGAUCUGGUUCAUAUACGACUUCUCCGCCUAUUCAUUUGGCAUCUACUCUUCUUCAUGGCUUGUAUUCCUCCUUCCAAGUACUGCACCGCUCUGGAAGACCUUCGGGUGGAACACGGUCAUCAAUUUAUUCUAUGUCCCAGGAGCUAUCAUCGGUGCCUUCCUCUCGGAUUGGAUCGGUCCCAAAUACUGCCUCAUCCUAGGCGUCUGGCUCCAAGGGAUAGUUGGAUUUAUAAUGACCGCCAUCUACAAACAUCUCGACCAACCUUCGCAGGUAGGAGGAUUCGUCGUCAUGUACGGGGUGUUUCUAGCUCUUGGAGAAGUCGGGCCAGGAGACAACAUCGGGCUCGUCGCAUCCAAGACAUCAGCAACAUCCAUUCGCGGACAGUAUUAUGGGAUUGCCGCGGCUUGUGGCAAGAUCGGUGCCUUUGUCGGGAACUAUGUAUUUCCGGAGAUUAUCAAGGCCGCAGGAGACGAUGUCAUCAAACAAGGUCAAUAUCCCUUCUACGUGUCCAGCGCACUCUGCAUCUUCAGUGGUUUCAUCGCUCUCCUCUUUCUCCCUCAUAUCGGACAAGACACCAUCACCGAGGAAGAUGAGAAGUUCAGGGAGUACCUCAUUCGCCAGGGUUAUGAUAUAUCUACAUUGGGUACGAAGCAGUAUCAUCUCGAGAAGGAAGCCGCAAUCUGA